GCCCUGGGAGGAAGUGACCUUUCUGCAGGAAUUCGGAGUCGCUCCGCCUGCAUCCGGAAUCGCCUCCCUGCAAACGGAAUUCUGCAGAGGCUCUUUUGCAAAAGGGGGCUCGGGUUUAUCGGCGUGGGGGGGGGGGAGAGCUGCAUGAUCUCGGGGUGCCCCUUCCAACCAGGAGGGGGAGCAGCGGGGCUUCUUUGGCACCCCAGAAAGAGCGCCUGGGGAGGUCACGUCCAUCCCUCCCCCGACGUGGGAACGCCGCCUUUUUGUCUUUCCCACCACGCUGUCCCCCCACCCAAGCCCUCCCCCACCCACGCUGGAGCUGAGAGCAGAAGAGUGAAGAAAGAUCCCUGAACCUCAGCCGAAAGAAAGCAGGAAAUCUAUCACUUCAAAGUGUUGUGACUUCCAUGAAAUUCCAUUCCAAGGUGAAUAUGAAGGAAGCAAAAGGAGAAACUUAACUGCAUCGCCCAGAACUCUUAAUGGGUAAACCGAACCUUAGUCCACAUCAGAGAAUGCAAAAUCUGGAUCUGAAACCGCUAGAAGGGUCAGAAUACAGAAACAGCCUCAGUUUGACCGAAAAUCAUAUUUUACCUGAAGGGCUGCGUACAUUGGAGAAAACACACUCACACUCACAGUGCAGAAGAAAAUUCAUGAAUAAGGACAAUCUUACUGAAUGUCCAAGAGGGCACUCUGUUGAAAAACCAUAUGUAUGUUUCGAAUGUGGGAAAAGCUUCAAUCGUAGCCAAAACCUUGCUUCACAUAACAGAAUCCAUACAGGAGAAAAGCCAUACAAAUGCUCUGAAUGUGGCAUAAGUUUCAGUCAUAGUUCAAACCUUUCGUCUCACCAAAGAAUUCAUACAGGGGAGAAGCCAUAUAAAUGCAAUGAAUGUGGAAUAGGCUUCAGUCAGAGCUCAAACCUCACUUCCCAUCAAAGGAUCCACACAGCAGAGAAACCAUAUAAAUGUUCAGAGUGUGGAAAGAGCUUUAGUCACAGUUCAACCCUUGCUUCUCAUCAGAAAACCCACACGGGGGACAAACCAUACAAGUGCUCAGAGUGUGGGAAGAGUUUCAGUCGGAGCACAAACCUUAUUUCCCAUCAACGAAGCCACACGGGGGAGAAACCGUACAAAUGCUCCGAGUGUGGAAGGAGCUUCAAUAGAACCUCAACUCUAGAUUCCCAUCAAAGAAUCCACACAGGGGAAAAACCAUACAAGUGCUCAGAGUGUGGAAAGAGCUUCAGACACAGCUCAGCCCUAAAUUCCCAUCAAAAUAUCCAUGUGGAUAGAAGCCAUAUAAACAUCUAGAACAUGGAAAGAUUUUUUUGUUGUAGAUGAAGAUUUAAGAGACAUCAGACUCUUAAGGAGUCACUAGGGAUGUGCAGGGGCGGGGGGAGAAUUUGUGAAUUGUUUGUGUAGUGGAGAGGUAUUUGUGAAUUACCUGCAUUAUGCAGGGGAUUAGACUAAAUUACCCUAGAGCAGGGGUGUCAAACAUGCGAUCCAGGGGCCAAAUCAGGCCCCUGGAGGGUUCCUAUCAUGCCCUCGAACAGCUGGCUGUCAUCUGCUUCCUUCUCUCUCUCUUGCUUCCUUCUGCAUGGCAGCUUGCUUUGCCAGGCUUGCUCAAUUGCACAGGAGCUACAGAGCAAAACCUCCAUUUUCUCCAUUGGCUGGGGCUCCUCCCUUGGGGAGGAAGGGUGGGGGAGGCAGAACUUCCCCCCCCCCCCCGGGCUCUCUCAAUCACACAGCAGAGCUACUGAACCAAGCCUCUCUUCCUUCUAUUGGCUAAGGCUCUGCCCCCCCCCCCCCCCCCGUUUCUUGGGGAAGGAAAGAAAGAGCCACAGCUUCCUUUGCCCAGUUCCCCUGGAUCCCAUGGGAGAAAUACAAAGAAAGCACCUUUAAGACCGAGUGCUAAUGUUUUAAGUAUUUUAAUAUAUAUAUAUUUGUCUCUGCUACCUAAUUUUAAAUAGGUACACAUACGGCCCGGCCUGACAUGACAUGACUCGGCCCAACGAGGUCUCAUUUAAGUUAGAUCCAGCUGUCAUAACAAAUGAGUUUGACACCCCUUUUCUACAGGUUCCUUCCAACUGUAUGAUGCUAUGACUCUGUUAUUCUUCGUCGUGUCAGUUCUGCAUGUGUGGAAAGAGCUUCAGUGAGAACGCUCAUGUUACAACAUAAGAACCUCCCGGAUUAAACCAGUGAUCACAUAGUGGUCAACUCAGUUGCCCUGGAGGGCCAAACAAACAGGGCAACGAACAUUGCCUUUAAGCACUGGUAUUCAGAGGUUUUCUGUCUCUGGCUAUGCAAGCUCCGUUCACUGAUGGACCUUUCCUCCAGAAAUCUGUCUGGACUCUUUUUUAAAGCCAUUCAAAGUCUUGGCCAUCGCUAACAUUGUUGUUUUUAUGGUUUGUAUGAAUUUUAAUUGUUUUCAUUAUGCUUUGGGUUGGUUAUAAAAUAUGAUUUUAUUG